UUUUUUUGUUGUGAAAGAAGAUCUACGUUUAUUUAUUCCACGUGACUAGAGAGAAGAUUUAGAACAAUGGCUUCUCUUUGUGAGGCAAACACCACCUUUGCUUUGGAGAUGUACAAGAAGAUAACCGAGGAAAAGGAAGGCGGCAACAUCUUCUUUUCUCCAUUAAGUAUGUCAUCUUCAUUGUCUAUGGUCCUCUUAGGAGCAAAAGAUGCCACUGCUGCACAGAUGUCAAAGGCUCUGCAGCUUGACAAAUGCAAGGAUGUUCAUUCCCAAUACCAGGAACUUAUCACAGCAAUAAAUAACCCAUCUGCUGUUGGCACUCUGAAGAUGGCCAAUCGCCUUUUUGGAGAACAGAUGUACAACUUCUUGCAAACUUCCACCUCUGCAAAUUAUAACAUUGAUAACACUCCUCUAAGAGUAGAACCAAUGGUAAAGGACUUGGGAAUUCUGGUUGACAGUAACCUGAACUUUGAAAACCUUCUGUCUGUGGUGGUGAGAAGAUCCUUCUACAUGGCACAACUAAUAAGAAAAAUCCAAAACUUACUUACUAAAGAAGUCAUUAGCAACUCUACCAGACUUGUGUUAGUGAAUGCCAUCUACUUCAAAUGUGACUGGGAUAGUAAAUUCAAAGAGAGCAAUACAAAAGUAAGGCCAUUUAGAAUAAGCAAGGUUGAGAAGAAUCUAAGCUAUCAGAAUUUGGUGGAGUGGACCAAACCCAACAUGAUGGACAAUAUGCAAGUCAUGGUGCAGAUUCCAAAAUUUAAGCUUGAGGAUAGCUAUGAUCUUAAGCCAAAGCUAAUAAGCAUGGGAAUGGUAGAUGCAUUCAGUCCAGCACAGGCUAACUUCUCUGGAAUGUCAGACAGAAAUGAUCUAUUUUUGUCAGAGGUGGUCCAUAAAGCAUUUGUGGAAGUAAAUGAAGAGGGAACAGAGGCAGCAGCUGCAACUGCAGUUGUCAUGAAGCUUGGUUGUGCACGAGGUGUGAAAUACUUUGAUGCUGACCAUCCAUUUAUCUUCACUAUUGUAGAUUGUAAAACCUCCACCAUCCUUUUCAUUGGCAGAUUCUGUUCCCCGUAAGCUGUUUAUGCAGUAGCAUUGUUUAGUUGCUGUUUCUUUCAUCUGAACAAUGAAAUAAGCUUUUGUAAAGUUCAUAAUCAGACAUUAAAAAUGCUUGGGUGCUUA